AUGUCGUGCAAUACUACAGAAGAUGGAACAUGCGAUACACCCACAUGUUGUGUUUGCAAUGGAUCAAUCAAGAAUUUGACCUUGAGUGACUCAACUGUGCCGCACUCCAAGAAUUGUCCGUGGAAAGGCAGAACAUUUAUGAUCCGCGAUCCUCGUACAAACUUCGUGAUUGGGCUUCGAAAAGGUAUCUUACGCCUCGUCUCUGAACGCAGUGGGCAUGGGUGCGGUAUUCACUGGUUGUGUGUCGAAUCUGAGCACAAGAUGCUAGGCUUUCAAAAUGUGGUCUCUGGCACUUUUAUCGGGUGUAGUGGUACAGGUCAAUUAAUCGCGGAGGCCAAGACGCACCGUGACAAGGAAUCAUUUUGUGUGCGAGGACAUCCAGACGGCGGUUAUGUCCUCCUCCUGAGACAGGGAUAUGGGUUCUUGCCGGUGCAGGUAGACGGAGGCAUACAGCUUGUGACCAGCACUGACAGAGAUGAUGGUAAAGUAUGGGAGUUCACUCGCGUCGAGAACGAGUAUGCUAUUUGA